AUGCGCUCCGCACUAUCAAGCGUGCUGCCCAAAGAGGUGGAACUGCAGGCAUACUGUUCGGGUCCUCAGAUGGGAUUGCCUGUAUCGUGGGAUCUUGGAAGGAACAGUUCACAGGUGUACAUGGAGCAUAUCAAGCACAUUUUCAGGCAGUGCAACACCAUUACAAGGGCAACGUGUGCAGUUCCGACGUGCAUGGCAUCUAUGCAGCAAGACCGUGGCGGAUACCCACCAGUCACUUCCCACUUGUCACUAGUAAUCACGUCUGCACUUUCCUGA